CGAGAGCGCUCCGUUUCUGUGAAGGGAACUGCUCUCAACUGCUCUCAGCGCAGGAGCUUUUUGGUUUCUGCUCAGAGGCCAGAGAUGGCCGAUCACCAAGACACUGCUGGUGCUGCCGCCUCAAACCCCUCCCAGGCAAACCCCUCAACUAUCGUGACGGUGCAUGAUUCCGCAGUUGAUCAGCACCCUCUCAAGCUCUCCAAAGACCAACUGCACAGCCAGUCCGAGGGCGCGGUGCCCCAUGACGUGCUGAAGAACAUCAGCGAACUUGCGGCGGCGAAGAGAGAGAAGUACCGGCGUACCGGCUCUCUACAGGAGAAGGCAGCGCACCAACGCGAUCAGACGACGGAGCCGCUUCCGUACCAGACUGUUCUGAGCAGGAACAAGGUGCUUGGGAAUGUCCUGACCGAUGUGAACGAGGUGUUCACGAGCUUCGUGUGGCCCAACCAGAGGAAACGACAGCUGACGAGAGUGAAGAGAUUCCCAAAGCCCAUGACCAAGACGCAAACGACCGGGUUUGAGAAGAGAAGUGCGCUUUUCAAGAAUCAGGCAUAAGAGAAUGUCUCAGUUUAUGAAGAAGUCGGAGGUUAUGGACGUGCGUGCGGCCGUUGAAGCUUUACAGACAGCAGUAAUUGAGGGGAGAAAGGAGAUUUGGGAGCAGCAGAUGAAACGAAUCGACCAAGAGGUGGACUCAGGGAAGUCGGACGUGACGUCAGGGGAUCAAGAGUUGGCAUCAGCGAAGCUGGGAGCGGACUUAGCGGACCGAGAGGCGGCGUCAGCGAAGCAGGGCGUGAUGUCAGCGGAUCGGAAGGUGGCAUCAUCGAAGCAGGGUGUGAUGUCAGCGGAGCAAGGAGUGAGGUCAGCGAAGGAGGAGGAGCAGUUGCGUCAGCAGAGCGGCCAAGGGCAAAGUGAGGGAGAGGCGAGAGCGCAAGAGGAUCUGCAGGGAUGUGAUGAAGAGAGGAAGGGAGGGGAAAUUGGGAGGAAUGGAGGAGAGGCCCAUUCAGAGCCCCAGAAAGGACCGCAGCAGAAAGGGCCAAUUUCGGAUCAGAAAAGGGGGGAGUCUGGCGAAGAACACAAGGAGAGCGGUGCUCAAGAAAACGAUUCGCAAGAGGCUACAGAGGGCGGCAGGACAAACGAAACGCUGGCAGGAAAGUAUAACGCAGUCACAGGUUCUCUGAACGGGGUGCAAGGAAAGGCCAGCGAAAGAGGGGAGGGGAAGGAGAAUGAUCGGUGGGGAGACUCAGAUGAGGAGGCUGUGUCGUAUGAAGCAGGCAGGAAAAGGGCCGGGGCAGACUACGGGAACGGCGAGGACGUGAACCGACAAGAGGAAGCGGAGAAUGUACGACAUGCGAAGGAGGAUGAGAAAGAGAAGGGGCAAGCGGGAGAGGUGGCGACAAGGGCAGAGGAAAAUCGAAACGGAGGUGGGGGAAAAGGAGACACGGGAGAGGGGCAGAGGGAAAGCGAGGAAGGGGGAGAACGUGGGGGCAUCAAGAAGGAAAAGCAGGGAGGUGCAAGUGAGAGUGAGGACGAAAAGCACAUUAAGGCGGGGCUUGCGAAGGACGAGGGAAGUGCAGAGGGAAAGAAAGAGGAAGAAGAGGAGGUGGAGAAGGAGAAGGAGCUGUUCGGAUGCGGCGUGGCGGAGAUCUAUCGAACGGACGAGCCAGGCGCCGGGCGAAGCGGACGCACGGACGUGGGAGGAGCGCCGGACCUGUCCGAGGAGUGGCUGAAGGGUCCAACGACCGGAAACGGAGCUGGCGCACAGGAAAUGCAAGCGGAGCGGGGGAAAAAGGAGGGCCCUGAGAGUGGCACCUGGGAGAGAACGGCGCAGGCGCUGAACCACGGUUGGAGCGGGAGACCGAGAUUGACCGUGACCGAAAUCUUGGAGGAACCCGCAGAGCCGGGGUUCGCGGAGUCCGAGCGCGCCAAGAAGGGGAAGGCCAAGGUGGACGACGGCUCGGGGAAUGUCGUCACCACGGGGACCCCCGUGUCCGACGAUGACGUCACCAGGCUGGCGUGGCAGCGCACGGAGCAGCUGAUCAACGAGCGGUGGGGCGCCACUGGGCCCGAGUACUUCAACCCGGGGAUGACACCUGGGGGCGAGUCGGCGGCGAGUCAAAUUGCGGAGAUGGCGGAGCAGGCGCAAGUGGUCCAGGUGUCGAAGCUGGGGGAGGGCCUGAUGACAGCUGUCAAGACGGUAUUGGGCGGUACGCGGGACGCUGUGCUGGGAUGGAAGGAGCGGAUUGAGGACGCGGUUGGGGGAUCCCCCCGCUCGCCGGUCGCCGGGGACGCUCGGGGUCUGGGGGUUUUGGGGGACGGCGUCGAUGCGGCACUGGAGAAGACGAGCGAGGGGGGCGUGAAUGCGACGGACAUAUCUGCGGGUGGAUAUCAAGAGAGUGCCUGUAAUGCAAUUGGUGAUCCUAUUGCUGGAGAUUGCGGCUCAGGUGGAAGCUUCAGAGCGGAGGGGAAGGGGAAGGGGUUAACAAUUGGCAGUGCAGCGAACGCCGGUAGUGGUGAGGGGCGUGUGGAAGAGAGACGGUCGACGGCUGCGGGUGCAAAGCACGGGAAGGCAGACGAGACAGGUUAUGUGGCGCUGGAUGAGAUAGAAGCAUGA